AUGAAGCCUAUUGAUGCCGUUCUCAUUUUAGUCCUCCCAACCCUCAUCCUGCUCCACCUCGUUAUAGCCCCUUAUACCAAAGUCGAAGAAUCGUUCAAUCUCCAGGCGACACAUGAUAUCUCCACCUACGGCUUCCAAGUUACUUCUGACACCUAUGACCAUAUUUAUUUUCCUGGCGCUGUGCCAAGGACGUUCUUCGGUGCUCUGGUCCUGUCUGCGCUCUCUAGCCCUGUUUUCAGUGUCAUUGGAAGGCAACAUGCGCAGCUUAUUGCGAGAGCUGUACUCGGACUUUUCAAUACGUACUCUUUGUUGAGGUUUAAGCAUGGGCUGGAUGGAGAGUUCGGGAGGGGUGUCGGCAGGUGGUUUAUAUUGUUGAUGGCAGGACAGUUUCAUGUCUUGUUCUAUGCGAGUAGGACGCUGCCGAAUAUGUACGCGUUUGGACUUACCGGCUUAGCUACAUUGGCAUUCAAUGCUCUUUUGCCUCUUAUUGGAUCUAAAAAGAUCCAAAGGGAGUCGAGUGGGGUGAAAAAGGCUAUGUUUCUGUUCGUCUUUGCCGGAGUAGUUUUCCGGUCUGAGAUUGCUCUGCUACUUGCAACCCAGCUAUUGGUCUUGCUCGUUCAAAGAAAGAUCUCGCUGAAGAGUAUCAUACCAGCAGGAAUUAUAAGUGCUUUCGUUGCUUUAGUCAUCUCGGUACCUAUUGACUCCUAUUUCUGGCAAAAGCCUCUUUGGCCCGAGCUAUGGGGCUUCUACUACAACGCUAUCCAGGGGAAGUCAGCGGAUUGGGGAACAUCACCAUUCAGCUACUACUUUGCCUCUCUUCUACCAAAACUACUUCUAAACCCGCUCAUAUUGCUCCUCCUCCCUCUCGCGCAUUCCAUCCCGGCAACGCAACAUCCAACAAUGAACCUAGCCGUCCCAUCAUUGCUAUACAUCGCCAUCUACAGCCUACAACCGCACAAAGAAGCCCGCUUCAUUAUCUACGUCGUCCCAGCCCUCACAGCCGCAGCCGCACUCCCAGCAUCCUACAUCUGGACGCGACGCUCAAAAAGCUGGCUCUAUAUCCUAGGCUCUGCCUUGCUAGCAGCAUCGAUAGCAGGAAGCUUCGUAGCAUCAACAUGCAUGCUCCUAAUAUCCUCACUCAACUAUCCCGGCGGCGAUGCGCUUACCUCCGUACACUCAAUCCUGCACCAUACCGCUAAUAACCCCCAAAACAUCACCAUCCACAUGGACGUCCUCUCCUGCAUGACAGGCAUCACCCGCUUCCAGCAACUGCCCUCUCCAUAUACCCUUAACGGAAAGCACACAUUUAUCUACUACGACAAAACGGAAAACGGGACCACGCUUCUGGAUCCUGCAUUCUGGGCGCAGAUGGAUUAUGCGUUGAUGGAGGAGCCGGGGAAGGCGAUUGGGAAGUGGGAGGUGCUGGAUACGGUGUAUGCGUAUACUGGGAUUGAGAUUUUGCGGCCUGGGGAUGGGAGUUCGUUUUCCGAGAAUAUGGAGAGGGUUUAUGCUGCUAAUAAUAUUACGGUUGAGCAUGAUGGGAAGGUGGAGGCGCCGGGGAGUGAGGAGGUUCAGGCUGCUGUUGACGGUGAGGAGGUGAAGAAUACGGUUAGAGUUGGGGAAGAGGAACGGAGGAGUAUGGAGGAUUUGAAAGCGAGGUUAUUACUUGAGGAGAUGAGUAAGUUUGGGACAUUUAAUUUGUUAAGGGAUGGUGUUAGGACUGUCACUGGAGGGUGGUGGGUUGGGCCAAGAAUGGAACCUAGGAUUAGGGUUUUGAAGAGGGUGGAGGACGAUAUACCUUAA